AUGGAAGGUAUUUCAAAACAAAGAAACAAAUGGUCCUUGCCCUCCGCUAGCCCUCCGAGCACAAAGGGCUGUGAUUGUGAGGAGCCCGCGGGGCUGGCGGCGCGGGGGGGGAGAGAGGGUGUAGCGGGCGGGAGGGGAGCGGGAGGGGAGCGGGCGACGCGCGGUGGUCACCUCUCGGGGCCUCUCGUCGCCCGCGCAACCCGCACCUCAGGGUUACUCACGAAUUGCGAUAGUGAUUUAAAAUGUCCAUGUUAUAAGGAAUCUCGAAUGCAGAUUUCCGAAUGCCUAGAUGGGUCAGCAGUGAUAUCUAAAGUUGCAGAACAUUCGCCCAUCGUGUUUUACAUACGAGAUAUAAGAGAUAAGCUCCUCAGUCCUCAGUGCCCUUCUCAGAACUGGGAGUUGGCAGGGACACUCCCUUGUCACAUAAAAAGCAAUGCUAACUGGAUCGAACAACACAGAUCUGAACGUCUGUCUGUUAUAACACCGAGAUCUAACAGUACAGCGAAAAUUGAGCGUCCGAAUCGAGUCAAUGAACCGAAACCUCACCUGCGCCCCGGUCUAUUUUCCGUAUCGGUGUCGGGUGCGUUCGGUUGCGAAAAGUGGUUGAGAUCGGCCAUCUCCGCCGGCGAUCGCCUCGAGGAAGGCGUCCCACCCACCCCGCUAGUGUGCGACAGAGAUAGAACACGCUGCUGA